GAAGCCGCGCGAGGGUCCCGGGCGGCAUGGCGGCGGCGGGGGUCCCGUUCCGCCCGCUGAGCGCCGACGACGAGGAGCAGCUGCCGACCGAGCUGGAGUCGCUGUGCAUGGCCUGCUACCGCCCGGGCGCCACGCGGCUCCUGCUGACCCGCAUCCCCUUCUUCCGGGAGGUCAUCGUCGGCUCCUUCGCCUGCGGCAGCUGCGGCUGGAGCAACGCGGAGAUCCAGUCGGCCGGCCUCAUCCAGGCGCGCGGGGUCCGCUACGCGCUGGCCGUCCGCAGCCGGCAGGAUCUGGACAGGUCGGUGGUGAAGACGGACUGCGCCACCGCCGGAGUCCCGGAGCUCCACUUCGAAAUCCCGGCUUUCUCUCAGAAGGGAGUUCUUACAACUCUGGAAGGGAUCCUGGACAGAGCAAUAGCAGGACUGGAGCAGGAUCAGCCUGACCGAAGAAAAGUAGACGCUGACGUGGCAGGAAAGAUCGACGAAUUCAUCUCUAAGUUGAAAGGCCUGAAAGAAGUGGAGUCGGCUUUCACUUUUAUUCUUGACGAUCCUUCGGGAAACAGCUUUGUGGAGAACCCUUGUGCCCCGCAGAAGGACGACGCCCUAGAGGUCACCCAUUACAGGAGGACAACCCAGCAAGCAGCUCUGCUUGGAUUAGAGGAAGAGGAGGAGGAGGAGGACCCAGCCGACUCUGCAGAGGACCUGAGGAACGAGGUACUGCAGUUCAGCACCAACUGUCCUGAGUGCAAUGCUCCGGCCAGCACAAACAUGAAGCUGGUGCAGAUUCCCCACUUCAAGGAAGUCAUUAUCAUGGCUACAACCUGCGAGGCCUGUGGGCACAGGACAAACGAGGUGAAAUCCGGGGGAGGCAUCGAGCCUUUGGGUACCAAGAUGACUCUCCACGUGACGGGCCCUGCAGACAUGACAAGGGACGUUCUGAAGUCAGAAACCUGCGGGAUAGAGAUUCCAGAGCUGGAGUUCGAGUUAGGAAUGGGAGCUCUGGGGGGAAAAUUCACCACUCUAGAAGGGUUGCUGAAGGACAUCCAGGCUCUGGUGGAGAAGAACCCUUUCGGCCUGGGGGACAGCUCUUGCCCCGACAGAGCAGAGAAACGGCGUGCGUUUGGGAGGAAGCUGCAGCAGAUUGUAGAUGGGCAGAUGAAGGCGCAUCUUGUUCUGGACGAUCCUGCAGGAAACAGUUACCUUCAGAAUCUGUAUGCUCCUGAAGAAGAUCCAGAGUUGUGUGUGGAGCGAUACGAGCGGCGGUUUGAACAGAACGAGGAGCUGGGCCUGAAUGACAUGAAAACGGAAGGCUACGAGGCAGAGGUUUCUUCCCCUCCAUAGCCAAGCCGGCAUGCUGGGGACUGUGCGGAAAGUAAUAAUAGACUGUCGGGUUUGAAGCUUUUGUCGACCACUUUUCUUUGGCAAGAUUGACUCUGCCUGACUGGCCGGACUCAGCUAUUAAAACUGAAGCAGGGA